UCGGCCCUAUACCAGGAAGCGUCUGGGGGGGAGAGGAGGACAAUUGACUGAAGGCAGGAUGGUGGUGCCCUUGCUGAAGCUUCAGGACCUAAUCGAGGAGAUUCGCAGGGCCAAGACUCAGGCCCAGGAGCGGGAGGUGAUCCAAAAGGAAUGCGCCCACAUCCGGGCCUCCUUCCGAGAUGGGGACCCCCUGCAGAGGCACCGCCAGCUGGCCAAACUGCUCUAUGUCCACAUGUUGGGCUACCCUGCCCACUUUGGACAGAUGGAGUGCCUGAAACUGAUUGCAUCCCCCAGAUUCACAGACAAGAGGGUGGGCUACCUGGGGGCCAUGCUUCUAUUGGAUGAGAGGCACGAUGCCCACCUGCUCAUUACCAACAGCAUCAAGAAUGACUUGAGUCAGGGGAUUCAGCCGGUACAAGGCCUGGCUCUGUGCACUCUGAGCACCAUGGGUUCUGCUGAGAUGUGCCGGGACCUGGCCACCGAGGUGGAGAAGCUGCUCCUGCAGCCCAGCCCCUAUGUGCGCAAGAAGGCUAUUCUGACUGCGGUACACAUGAUCCGGAAGGUCCCUGAGCUCUCUGACAUCUUCCUCCCACCUUGUGCCAAACUGCUUCAUGAGCGCCACCAUGGCAUCCUGCUGGGCACCAUCACGCUGAUCAUGGAGCUCUGCGAACGAAGCCCUGCAGCCCUCAGGCAUUUUCGUAAGGUCGUACCCCAGCUGGUACAGAUCCUCCGGAUGCUGGUGACAACAGGAUACUCCACAGAGCACAGCAUAUCUGGAGUCAGCGACCCCUUCCUGCAGGUCCAGAUCCUUCGUCUGCUUCGGAUCCUGGGCCGGAACCAUGAGGAAAGCAGUGAGACCAUGAAUGACUUGCUAGCACAGGUAGCCACCAACACAGACACCAGUCGAAAUGCAGGCAACGCGGUCCUAUUUGAGGCAGUGCUUACCAUCAUGGACAUCCGCUCUGCAGCCGGCCUACGGGUUCUAGCUGUCAACAUUCUUGGCCGCUUCCUGCUCAACAGUGAUAAGAACAUUAGGUAUGUAGCCCUGACGUCCUUACUACGCCUGGUGCAGUCUGAUCACAGUGCUGUGCAGCGGCAUCGGCCCACUGUGGUGGAAUGUCUGCGAGAAACUGAUGCCUCCCUCAGCCGGAGAGCCCUGGAACUGAGCCUGGCUCUGGUGAAUAGCUCCAAUGUGCGAGCCAUGACACAGGAGUUGCAGGCCUUUCUGGAGUCCUGCCCCCUUGAUUUACGGGCUGAUUGUGCCUCAGGCAUUCUGCUGGCUGCAGAGAGGUUUGCUCCAACCAAGCGAUGGCACAUAGACACCAUCCUUCAUGUGCUGAUAACGGCAGGAGCCCAUGUGCGGGAUGAUGCAGUAGCCAACCUGACGCAGUUGAUUGGGGGUGCCCAGGAGCUACAUGCCUACUCUGUGUGCCGACUCUAUAGUGCCCUGGCAGAAGACAUCUCCCAGCAGCCACUGGUGCAAGUGGCAGCCUGGUGCAUUGGAGAGUAUGGGGACCUCCUGAUGGAGGGGAGCUGUGAAGAAGUAGAACCCCUUCAGGUGGAAGAAGAGGAGGUGUUAGCACUCCUGGAAAAGGUGCUGCAGUCCCAAAUGUCCCUGCCAGCCACCAGAGGAUAUGCACUCACAGCCCUCAUGAAGCUCAGCACCCGGCUUCGAGGGGACAACAACCGCAUCCGCCAGGUGGUGUCUAUCUACGGGAGUUGCUUAGAUGUGGAGCUGCAGCAGCGGGCUGUAGAAUAUAACACACUCUUCCGGAAGUAUGACCACAUGAGGGCUGCCAUCCUUGAGAAGAUGCCUCUUGUGGAGCGAGGUGGCCCUCAGGUUGAUGAGGAGGCAAAGGAAAGCAAAGAAGCAGUCCAGGUUUCAAAGGCAGCAGCCCCUAUCCCCACAGAGCCCCAGGCCUCAAAGCUCUUGGACCUGUUAGAUCUCCUGGAUGACACUUCUGAGGAUGCCCAGCAUCCUCCCCCUCUGGAUCCAUCCCCAGGAGGCACCUUAGUACACCUCCUUGACCUUCCCUGUGCAUUGCCACCUCCAGCUCCCAUUCCAAAUCUCAAAGUGUUUGAGCGUGAGGGAGUACAGCUCAAUCUGUCUUUCACUCGACCACCUGGAUCCCCUGCUUUGCUUUUAGUCACCGUCACCACCACCAACUCCUCAAAGGGUGAUGUCACCCACUUCAUCUGCCAGGCAGCUGUGCCCAAGAGUUUCCAGCUGCAGCUGCAGGCCCCCAGUGGGAACACAGUUCCAGCUUGGGGCGGCCUCCCCAUCACCCAGCUCUUCAGAAUCCUCAAUCCUAACAAGGCCCCCUUGCGGCUAAAGCUGCGCCUGACCUACAACCACUUGGGCCAAUCGGUGCAAGAGAUCUUUGAGGUGAACAACUUGCCUGUGGAAACGUGGCAAUAACUCUUCACUCUGCCUGAAAUCCUCCUGCAUCCCAAAGCCUGUGGUCCUAGCAGUGGGGAACCAACUCUGAGGGCUACCAGCAGAUGGCACCCUGGUUCUGCAUUAAUCACUGCAAAACUGUGGGUCUGCUCCCCUCCCCCACAAAUAAUGGCAGCCAAAUAAAGCCCGAGGGGGGCAUAAAGCCAUAA